UCGGCUUCGUUUCAACGUACUCGUUUCGAUAGGAAGGAAACUAAUCAACUACAAUGGCUCGUACCAAGCAGACCGCUCGUAAGUCCACCGGAGGAAAGGCUCCUCGCAAGCAGCUGGCUACCAAAGCCGCUCGUAAGAGCGCCCCAGCCACCGGAGGAGUCAAGAAGCCGCAUCGUUAUCGGCCAGGAACGGUUGCUCUGCGUGAGAUCCGUCGCUAUCAGAAAUCCACCGAGCUGCUGAUCCGCAAGCUGCCUUUCCAGCGUCUGGUGCGUGAAAUUGCUCAGGAUUUCAAGACAGAUUUGCGCUUCCAGAGCUCGGCUGUCAUGGCCCUGCAAGAAGCUAGCGAGGCCUAUCUGGUCGGUCUGUUCGAAGAUACGAACCUGUGCGCCAUCCACGCCAAGCGUGUUACCAUCAUGCCCAAGGACAUCCAGCUGGCUCGCCGUAUCCGUGGUGAACGUGCUUAAAUUAUUCCAUUCAACCGCAUUCCGUUUGAAUCUUACUACCAACGGCCCUUUUCAGG